CGCCUCACUCUCAAUUCUUUUAACCUCAAAUAUAAGUUCAAAUGUGUUUAACGUGACCCAACACCAAAAUGCUCGUUGCGGAACUAAACUCGGCUCUAAUUCUCACCUCUGGUGACACCCUCCUCUUGCCGGCUUCCAACCAACUGAUCAAAAUUCCGCCCCCCGACGUGCCGCCGAACCUAACCAAGGGGCAGCUGCAAGUCCUCAAUAAGCAAGACCGGACCAUCACCUCCGUCACUACGUCCCGUGACGGUAAGCACAUCGCCGUCUCCACCGAAAACAAGCAAAUCGUGGUCUUCGACGCCGCGUUCCGCAUCGUGAGCAACUUCAUAGUCAAUCGUGCCCCCAGUAAAAUACUUUUUACGAAAUCCGGCGACAUGCUGGUGGCGGACCGCACUGGAGAUGUGUAUUUGUACAAGCGCGAAAAAACCGAACCCGUUUUGUUACUGGGGCAUCUGAGCAUGAUUCUCGAUAUGGCGUUAAGUGAGUGCGAAAAGUACAUAAUAACUUGCGACAGGGACGAGAAAAUUCGCGUGUCGCGCUUCCCGAACACGUACAACAUUGCGAGUUUUUGUUUGGGGCACGACGAGUUUGUGAUUAGGGUUGUAGUGAUUAAGGGGGUUUUAGUGUCUGCGAGUGGGGAUGGAACCGUACGGGUGUGGGACUACGUGAAGGGGGCGCAACUGUGUAGUAUUGAUACGAAUUUGUGUGUUAAAGACGAAAAGUUGCUGGAGGAGUUUUCGGGUGUGAUGGAUAGGGAAAAAGUGGAUGUCACUGCGUUACCGAUUACGGACAUGCAGGUGGUUUGUGACGGUGAUUGUUUAGUAGUGGCGGUGUCUCUGUACAGUUGUAGGGACGUCCAGUUGUAUAGGGUCGAGUUAGAGGGUUAUAACUGGACUGUGUUAAACUCUGUUGAACCUGUAGAUGCCCUUCACAAGUUUUAUUUAAGUAAAAACUUAUAUAUUUUUGAUAGUUUUAAAGUAAGUGUUUACAAUUUAUCAAACAGUGCUUUAAUUAAUAGUGAUAAACAAAUGGAUGAGUUUUAUGAAAAACAUAAAAAUGUUUUAAAAAUAAGCGAGAACGAGAUUACAGUUUUAUAUAAACGGAAGUUUGACAACGUGCAGGAGUACUUGGAGAGGAAAAAACUAAGACUAGAGAGUGGGAAAUAAAAUUGGUUUGACUGAAA